GGACUAUAUCCACAACAAGUGGAGUGUGGAGGGGAGCCGGGACGGGGCGCGCCGUCCUCCCCCGGCUGUCCCAUGUGCCGGGACUUGACGGAGUUAAUGAAGCCGCCCGCUGUAGUGACAGAACAUUCAUCACCCGGCUGUGACAGCAUCGAUCGCUGCGCCUGACACACUCGUCUUCUCCAUCCCCACAGAGGGGCCCCGCAGCUGCUCUCCUCCUGACCGACCCCGUCUGAGAAGGCCGCUCACACGGCUCCAAUUAGCGGCGUCCUCCCUCACACGCCGAACCAAUCACCGCCCUCGCCUCGCACUGUGUAUCCCUCCGCCCUGACUGUCCCCGCCCCCUAAACGCUUCACACUGUACCGGCGGAGGAGUCGGCGCAAGGAGAAUGUAGCGCCGGCCGUGUGCCUGUGGCGGAGGGAUCCCUCGGAGCUCUAACGUGGUGCUAAGGCUCGACGGGGAGCGAAAAAAAUGUCUGCCUGAGGGAGAGGGAGGGAGACAGCCACAAGUUCUACCGGGGAGAGGAGCGGCUCCGCUGACACGCCAAAACCGCACUAAAGCCACACAAAGCCUCACCGGAGCCCAGCCAGAGCUCUCCGCCCGGGACGGGGAGGAGACUGGAGCGGGACAGGCGGAAACUUCAACCCAAUUGUUGGAUGUUUAAACGGAAAAAAGGAGCUGAUCUGAGUGGCUGGAGAUGAAUCCUCAGCAGCGGAUGGCCGCUAUAGGCACAGACAAGGAGCUGAGUGACCUCCUGGAUUUCAGUGCGAUGUUUUCUCCACCUGUUAAUAGUGGGAAAACCAGACCAACUACACUAGGAAGCAGUCAGUUCAGUGGAUCUGGCAUAGAUGAAAGAUCUGGUACUUCAUCAUGGGGAACCGGCAAUCAGAUGAGCCCAUCUUACGAAUCUUCAAGGGGUUUUGCAGACAGCCCUCAUUACAGUGAGCACUUGAAUGACAGUCGAUUAGGGCCCCAUGAAGGAUUGUCCCCGACACCUUUCAUGAACUCAAAUCUGAUGGGUAAAACAGCUGACCGAGGACCUUUUCCACUAUACGGCCGAGAUUCUGCAGUGUCUGGUUGUCAAACUAGCCUGGUUCGAACAGAUAUUGGACUUGGGAGUUCAGGGCAGCUUCCAAACUCAGGAAAACCAGGAAGCCCAUAUUAUCCAUUCUCUGCAUCAAGUUCACGCCGAAGGCCCUUGCAGGAUGCACCCGCUCUGGAUCCUGUACAAACAAAGAAAAUAAGAAAGGUUCCUCCUGGCUUGCCUUCUUCUGUCUAUGCACCCUCUCCAAGUUCUGAUGACUUCAACAGAGAGUCUCCAACCUAUCCAUCCCCUAAACCACCCAGCAGUAUGUUUGCUAGCACUUUUUUUCUUCAAGAUGGAAAUCAUAACUCAUCAGAGCUGUGGAAUUCCUCCAAUGGAGUUGGAGUUGGUCAACCGGGCUAUGGGGGAAUGAUGGGCAGUUCAUCAUCUCACAUGUCACAGUCAAAUAACUAUGGCAGCCUACAUGACCGUUUGAACUAUCCACCACAUCCAGUUUCACCAACAGACAUAAAUGCCAGUCUUCCUCCAAUGUCCAGCUUCCAUCGGGGUGGCACCACAAGCUCCUCUUAUGUGGCAUCUUCUCACACACCACCUAUCAAUGGAACAGACAAUCUCAUGGUUACGGGAAGCAGAGGCAAUGCAGCUGGUAGCUCACAGACUGGGGAUGCACUUGGAAAAGCUUUGGCAUCUAUUUAUUCUCCAGAACACACCAGCAGUAGUUUUCCCUCAAAUCCUUCAACACCAGUUGGGUCACCAUCUCCUUUGCCGGGUGCCAACCAGUGGUCUAGACAAGGAGGGCAAACACCGUCAUCUCCAAACUAUGAAAAUUCCCUCCACUCCCUGAAAAAUCGGGUUGAACAGCAACUCCACGAGCAUUUGCAAGAUGCUAUGUCAUUCUUAAAGGAUGUCUGUGAGUCUCGAAUGGAAGAUCGUUUGGAUAGGCUUGAUGACGCUAUACAUGUUCUGCGGAACCAUGCAGUAGGACCUUCCACAAGCAUGCCCGCUGAUAUCCACAGCUUACUGGGCGCAGCACACAAUGGACCCAUUGUAAGCCUAACAUCUAACUAUGGAACAGCUGGACUUGUACCAAACAGACAGACCUCAUUGUUGGGAAAUCAGAGAGAAGAUGCAGUGAGCUUAAACAGUGAUCAUUCAGCUCUGUCCAGCACAGUCUCUGCUGCAAGCACAGAAAUAAACCAUAAAACCCAAGACAAUUAUAGAGCAUUGCCCAGUGGAUUGUCAAGCCAGACUGUAUUGUCUUCCCUUAUAGAAGUAAAGUCAGAGCAUAAAGAAAAAGAUGAGAACCUUCACGAUCAUGGUUCAUCAGAUGACAUGAAAUCAGAUGAUGAAGGAUCACAGAGUGACCUGAAAGGUUCUAGAGGGAGGACAAGUAGUAUUAAUGAAGACGAGGAUUUAAAUCCGGAACAGAAGCUCGAGAGAGAAAGGGAGAGGAGAAUGGCAAACAACGCAAGAGAGCGUUUGCGUGUUAGAGACAUAAACGAAGCCUUUAAAGAGCUUGGACGCAUGUGCCAGUUACACCUAAAGAGUGAAAAACCACAGACAAAACUGCUAAUUCUUCAUCAGGCUGUAGCCGUUAUUCUUAAUCUAGAGCAGCAAGUCAGAGAGAGGAACCUCAAUCCCAAAGCAGCCUGCCUUAAAAGAAGGGAAGAAGAAAAAGUUUCUGCCGUAUCGGUAGAACCCCCAAAUACACAUCCGGGAGCUCAUCCUGGACUUACUGAUACUACCAACCCUAUGGGUCAUAUGUAAACCAUCAGCCAGGACUCCCACACUAUGGAUAGUAUAUAUAGAGGGUGUUCUCAUCAGAAGGACACACAAACUAGCAUAUCGACGACACAAAUCUGACAGGAUAAGGAGAAAAUGAAGAAUUUGGGGGGACUUGAAUCAAGAUGCCCAACACGCAAACUGAUGAAAGCAAAUGUGGAACAUCUGCAUCAGAAGUUGAAAUCUGCUCGUAUUCAGCCCACAUGUGAACAUAUCUUACUGUUUCAGUGUGUCGUUCCUGCACAAUCAGACUGUCCUACUAUCUCCACACAUCGUGGAAGCUGCCUUGUGCCUAAACUGAAUUGACAAAUGCAUUGUAUCUACAAAUUUUAUUUAUUAAGGAACUGUUGUAAAGGUCUACAUAUAAAAAAGGGAAAAGUUGGGCUGAAAGUGGUAAAGAUUUCAGUUGAUGCCAGCAUUUGUUAGAACUUUUCUCAUAUAGAGAAUACAAACAGUGGCAACCUGUGACCCUUUAGCAUUCCCAGCAUACCUAUUAGUGUCUUAAAGAAGGAAUGGAAAUGGAUUUUUAUUUCCGCUCCUUUUGCCAUAUACAUAGUGUUUUCCUUCCACAGGAAAAUAUUCCUUGGUAUAGCUUUCUUUUUUUUUUUUUCUUUUUUAUUGUCGUUCUCUGAUAAUCUAAGCAGUUAUGGUCAUAGGUAGCCUCAAAAUCCAUACUUUGACUAAUUUACUGUCCUAGAGAAGAUUAAGACUGGAGCAGUGCUGUGACUUCGCAGCUUCCUAAGUGAUUUUCCACCGUAUUUUUCUGGAUUAUUUGUUUUGCUGAUAAAUUAAAAAAUCCCUAAACUUCACGAUGAAACAGAACUGUAAUCUGAAGGGGUUAAUGUAACAUAUCGGACCAUCAUCUUGUCCCAUGCAGUAUCUUCAACCUGUAGGACACCAAGGUGUUAGCUGUAAGCACAAAUGUAAAGUACAGAUAUGAUUUUUUCAGGCAGUGAAUAUGGUAAAUAUACCAUGGCCUGAUGCAUGAACAAAUCUAAAUGUACAAUGAAACCCAAGAGCAAUGGUCACCAUUAAAACACAAAUUCUAGUUAAAGUUAAAACAUGACAAGAAGGAAUAGAAUGUAAUCAUCUGAAAAAAGCCAGCAGUUUUAGCGGAAUCUCUGAUCCAUUAUGUUAUGAUAUAAAAUAUUUUCAAACUGUGUCAGUCCCUUCCAAAACUUCCAUGUAUACAGUCUUCCACUGCAGUGACCAUGGACAAGAGAAAUCAGAGCUGGAUCCUGGUUUGAACAAAAAAAAUUCCAAAUGUAUCAGAAAACUGCACAGAACAAAAUAUUUUUUCUUUUUGAUGGGAAAAUAUAUUUUAUUGGUCCCUUACAACAUGAAUAACUAAGUUAUUGGAUAUAACCUUUUACUUAUCUGUGUAUCUGGCAUCAUGGGACUAGAUCUGUGGCCUUGUUCUUUAUUUCAGUAUUUAUCAUCUAAACAGACAUUGUUGCUUUUGAUAUGCGAGAGUGGAUCACGUGCCACUGCCUGGCCUUUUUUCUUCUUUGCUCCUUUUUUUUCCUCUUUUCUUUUUCUCUUUUUUUUUUUCUUUUUACAUUUUUUGUUUCGCUAUGUUAGACUUUGCAGUAUGCCCAGAAGCUUUCCUUCAUAAAAUAGAAAGAAAAAACAUUUGGCUUAUUUUUCACUGUAGUUAGUCUUUUAUACAAUAAUCUUGUAAGAAAAUUUCUUGAAUUCUAAAUAUUACUCUUUCUAGAUUUUUGAAAUCGAAAAAGUUUUCAGUAAAAAGUUUCUUACUUUAUUUUACUAUAUUAGGUAGUAAAAAUGUAGGGUUAUUUACUGUAACCUGUUCAUUAAUAUCAAAAAUUUACAAUAGCAUUUUAAGAACAUAGUAGGGUCCUAGCAUACCGUGUAGUACCUAUGGAGUAUUGUAAGAGCUACUUGUCCAAGAUGAAUUGCUAAUCAUCUUGUUCUACAAUUUUCAUUGUUGGUCUAUUGCAGAUUUGUACCCUGUGUCAAAUUCAACGUAUUGUUGAUAACUUUCAACCAGCAGCAAGAAGUUCAAAUUUUUUUCUGUCAGUGUAACAGAAACACAAUAUGUAUAUAACAUUUAUGUAGCAAUAAAUGUGCCAUCUUUUUUAAA